CCGCCGUCGUCGCCGCCAUCCUCGGCGCGUCCGGCCUCGCUCGGAUCUGCUUGGGAGAAUCCACCGCCAUCCGCCACCAUGGUGAACUUCACAGUGGACCAGAUCUGGGCUAUCAUGGACAAGAAGGCCAACAUCCGGAACAUGUCCGUCAUCGCCCACGUCGACCACGGCAAGUCCACGCUGACGGACUCUCUGGUCUGCAAGGCGGGCAUCAUCGCCUCCACCCGGGCCGGGGAGACCUGCUUCACGGACACCCGGAAGGAUGAGCAGGAGCGUUGCAUCACCAUCAAGUCAACCGCCAUCUCCCUCUUCUACGAACUCUCGGAGAACGACCUGAACUUCAUCAAGCAAAGCAAGGAUGGAUCUGGCUUCCUCAUCAACCUCAUCGACUCCCCCGGGCAAGUAGACUUCUCCUCGGAGGUGACAGCCGCCCUGCGUGUCACUGAUGGCGCCCUCGUGGUGGUGGACUGUGUAUCAGGCGUGUGCGUGCAGACGGAGACGGUGCUGCGGCAGGCCAUCGCUGAGCGCAUCAAGCCCGUCCUGAUGAUGAACAAGAUGGACCGGGCCCUGCUGGAGCUGCAGCUGGACUCCGAGGAGCUCUACCAGACCUUCCAGCGCAUCGUGGAGAACGUCAACGUCAUCAUCUCCACCUAUGGCGAGGGCGAGAGCGGCCCCAUGGGGAACAUCAUGAUUGACCCCGUCCUGGGUACCGUCGGCUUUGGGUCCAGCCUCCACGGCUGGGCCUUCACCCUGAAGCAGUUUGCCGAGAUGUACGUGGCCAAGUUUGCCGCCAAGGGUGAGGGCCAGCUGGGGCCUGCGGAGCGGGCCAAGAAAGUGGAGGACAUCAUGAAGAAGCUGUGGGGCGACCGGUAUUUCGACCCAGCCAACGGCAAGUUCAGCAAGUCCGCCACCAGCCCUGACGGCAAGAAGCUGCCCCGGACUUUCUGCCAGCUCAUCCUGGACCCCAUCUUCAAGGUGUUCGAUGCAAUCAUGAAUUUCAAGAAAGAGGAGACGGCAAAACUGAUAGAGAAAUUAGACAUCAAGCUGGACAGUGAGGACAAGGACAAAGAAGGCAAGCCACUCCUGAAGGCUGUGAUGCGCCGCUGGCUGCCCGCCGGGGACGCCCUGCUGCAGAUGAUCACCAUCCACCUGCCCUCCCCCGUGACGGCCCAGAAGUACCGCUGCGAGCUCCUCUACGAGGGGCCCCCUGACGACGAGGCCACCAUGGGCAUUAAAAGCUGUGACCCCAAAGGCCCUCUCAUGAUGUACAUUUCCAAAAUGGUGCCAACCUCUGACAAAGGUCGCUUCUACGCCUUCGGCCGGGUCUUCUCGGGCCUGGUUUCCACCGGCCUGAAGGUCAGGAUCAUGGGCCCCAACUACACACCCGGGAAGAAGGAGGACCUCUACCUGAAGCCCAUCCAGAGGUGA